AUGAACGUGAACAAGAGUCAUCCUAUAGAUGAUCCUGCAUCUGCUCAUCGGGAACAAAAAACACGUAAAAAAUGUAUUGGUAAUCGGCAGGAUCAACGCUUUCGAAAAAAAUGUCGUAGACGUGGGAUGAAAGCUGAUAGUAUAGAAAAAUUACUUCAGGCAAAAAAGAAGAUUCACAAUCAAAGGAAAAAUAAAACCAACAACUCAACGAGCACUACAAGCCAUAAUAAUACCGCAUUAACAACAUCGAAGAAUGUAUCUAUUCGUAACAAGGAUCCAUCAAUACGAAAAAAAUCGAAAACAAAUCUUAUGAAACGUAAACGAGAUGUAUCAUUACAACAGCAAUCAAAUCUAAAUACAACAAUACCAAAAUCAACAAGUUCAAUAUCUAUUCUUCAACCAGCAUUGAAAAAAGUGAAACAUAAACAGAAAACUAUCACGAAUACAAAUAUUUCAUCUAUUGAAGUUCAACAGAAUACUUCGAAGAGAACUUAUCGGCGACCGAUGUAUUUGAAGCGAUCACCAAAGAUACUUAUUAAAAUGUUAAGUAAAACAUUAAAUUAUACAUUUAAAGAAAAAGCUGAUGAACGAUUUAUUGUCGCUCGUCUCGAUCUAUUUGAUCGAUUCUAUUGUCUACGAAUAGAUCUACAAUUAUGGGAAUCCUACCUAGAUAUUGGUUUACAACAACAUUUGUGGCCAGAUCGACUUUAUACAAUCGCUAAAACGAAUGAUUUCGAAAAUUGUCAUCAAUAUCUUUUGAAUCAUAUAAAUGAUCUAAAAAUAAAUUUGGAUCAAUAUCAAAUGGAACUGAAUAGGCAAUCACCAUCAUGUCCCAUAACAACAUUAUCAUUGGAUCAAAUUGAUCAACGGCUGAAUGAAUUUGCCAUUUGUCAACGAAAAUACUUAUUGAUGAAAAAUAACAAUCAAUUGCUAAAAUUUAAAGACAAUUUUCAUGAUAAAGAUUUAUUUAAAACUGUAUCUACAUUUCGUCUUACAACAGAUCGGAAUGCAUUCAUAAAUCAAUUACUUUUAAUACGAGAAAAACAAGGAGAAAUUUAUGAAGAACUUUUGAUGUUAGAAAUGCGAAUUUUGUGUAAAUUUUUACCACAGAACUUUGAUCAACUACAAUAUUUCAUUACACCUAUAACUUAUUCACCAUUGAACAAUCAUCAAAAAGCAGUACAAGUAAAAAAUAAAUGUUAUAAAAUUAUACAGGAAGCUAAACGUUCAUGGCUAAAUAUUCUUUUCAAUGCUUGUGAAAUUAAAAUACAAGCAUAUGAUAGUCAAUAUCAAAAUAUAUUUCUACAAUUGGAAUCACAAUCGAUCGUUACCAACAAUGUUAAUGAUUCAUCUAUUUCUAACCAAAUCAAAGAAUAUCUGAUUUAUCGAACAAAUAAAUUAAA